AUGAGCGGAGACGAAUCCGACAACCACCAUAACCAAAUGGAGCACCUUCGGUCACAGUUCUACACGCCCGACCCCCAGAAGCGGACAAAGGAGUACCACAUGGAGCAGUCGAUGCAGGCUAUCGAGCACCUCAAGAUGGCUUCGCGGCCGAAUGGCUGGAAGAAGAUCGACAAGCACAAGUCUGGCUGCACUGUCUACCAGUCGACCACCGCUACCACAAUACCCAGCCACGGCGAUCACAAGUACCCGGCCUUCAAGGGCGAGCACGUCAUCCAUGGACACAAGGCCCAAGAUGUAUUUGCCAUUGUAGGAGUUCGCAAAUUAUGGGAGUAA